AGGAGAAAGAAGGGAGGAGGGAGCAGGGCGCAGAAGGGAGCAGGGCGCGGGGAGGCAGCAGGCCUGGCCGGGUCGCUGCUCCCUCCCCGGGCGGCUCCUCGGCAGCGGGUGCUCGCCGCGCCUCCAGCCCGCAACCCACCCUCGCCCUGCCUGGCCCGCGCCUCUGCUCUGUCCCAGGCUCCCGGCCCGGCUCUUCAACCUCGGAGAGAUGAGUGCGGCCACGGCGCCCGAGCGCGGCUGGAAGAGCGAGAAAGUGGACGAGGCGCAGGCCCUGGCGCGGAGCUGCGCCGCCCGCAGACCCGACUUCCAGCCGUGCGACGGGCUGUCCAUCUGUGCCACGCACAGCCACGGCAAGUGCUUCAAGCUGCACUGGUGCUGUCACCUGGGAUGGUGUCACUGCAAAUAUGUGUAUCAGCCUAUGACCCCCGUGGAGCAGCUCCCAAGCACAGAGAUCCCUGCAAAGCCCCGAGAGCCGACCAACACCAUUCAAAUCUCCGUCUCGCUCACUGAACACUUUUUGAAAUUUGCGUCUGUCUUCCAGCCUCCGCUUCCCCCUGACUCGCCAAGGUACUGUAUGAUUUCCGAUCUCUUCAUCGACAACUAUCAGGUUAAAUGUAUUAAUGGGAAGAUGUGCUAUGUGCAGAAGCAGCAGGCGCCCCACUCCCAGAAGAUGAGCCCUGAGGAGGUCUCUGCACACGAUGCCUUAAUUUCUAAAGAGAGUGACACUCCGAAACUGGGUCACUGCUCCUCCCCUUCCGGUUCCGAGGACUCCGGGAUCAACGCCAUUGGGGCUCACUAUGUGGAAUCCUGUGAUGAGGACACAGAAGAAGGGGCGGAGCUGAGUUCCGAAGAAGAUUACAGCCCUGAGAGCAGCUGGGAACCCGAUGAGUGCACCCUGCUCUCCCCAUCACAGUCGGAUCUGGAAGUGAUUGAAACGAUGGAGACCACUGUGUAGGCAGCUGGGAACUGCGGCCGGAGGUCCACCCUGAGCCUCUUCUGUUCUUUGAUUGGACGAGUCCUUUUCCAAUACUCUUGGCAUUUUCCAAGACCUAUUACUAACAGUCGCAGUCCAGUGGUCUGCUUAGUGUCCCCUUAUAUUACCUUGUAACGACAUUGUUUCCUUUUGUAUCUUGCUUUCUAUGUAGCAUCUGGUGUCAUGAGUUGUGACCCAGCCUUAAUUUCACUGAGAACUUUGAGAGCAGUGGUGACCACAGCGUAUCCCAUGGAAGAGCUACCCAGAGUGGAAGUAACCAUAUUUUACCAGUAGCCUGUCCUACGUAAUGAAGGCUCAGCUUCCCUUUGGUGUGUCAUGUGACACCUCUGUCCUGUUGGUUUCCGGGUGGGGGAGCAGCUCACUUCUGGAAACAGUGUUGCAGCCACUGUUCCCUCCCUUGCUCUUCUGUUUGCCACCCACUUUGGCUCAGGACAAGAGUGGCUUCGGCUACUUCUAGAAGGUCCUUGGAGGCCCUUUUGACUCCUGGUGAUGGCCAUGUCACAGCCUCUGUGACUGAAAGGGUCUCUCGGGUUUGUGUCCAGUCCAGCUGGGAUUCAGGAGGACUCAGUCCUGGUUCUCACCUCGAAGGGGCCACAUUUUAGUACAGGACACAAGUCAAGCAGCUCGCUGAGCCAGGAGGAUAAUGGGACCAGGGGAAGGAGAGGUGGAGCUGGCCUGGGCUGGCUGAGAAUGUGGCUGCAGUGUCUGAGCUGACCCCAGGUGGAUUCUACAGCGCCCACUGCCCUUGAUUGUUUUGCAGUUCAGGGAAAAGCGUUUAGGUUUCAUAGGUAUUAUAGUUAGGAGGUAACACAUCUGACAUCUUAAGGAAAAAAUACACAAUAGUUUUAGUUAGCAUGAAAAUGCUAAGAGACGAAGUCCUUUAGGGAUUAGGAAUGAAUCUAAUAGGUUUGAUCAAUCCUGCUUCGUUUGGUUGUAUGAAGCAUUAGAAUGGCUUAGAUGAGAAAUGGACUAGAAUUUUGUAUGAUGCAUGGAUUUUAUGCAAAUGCAAAAACAGUUGAAAUAGCUCACUGCUGAGUCAGGAAGAUGUUUUAUGUAACACUUCUUCACUUUACUCCACUGGAAUCCACACACAUUGUGUGGAUUCUCUCUCACACACAAAAUAGUGAGUAAUUCUUAUGUAGCUUUCUUCAAAACUCUGUUCCUAAUUUGCUAUUAACUGUGUAUUCUCACGUGAUCUUAUUAUCUGCCAUUUCCCAAAUAUAUCUGUGAGGCAUAGUACAAAUCUGGGACUUUUAAACAUAUACUGUCAUAAAACAAGAGUCCCAGGGCUGCAGGGAGACCUGCCUCAGAUCCUGGCUGUCUGAGCAGGCACUGUGGCCUUGCUGUGUGAUCAGCAUCUCUCUACAUCCCUCUGUCUCAUUAGUGUGUACUGCAGGCAAGGAGCGCAUGCUCCCUAGGCCUCCUCAUUUGGGGGCUCUUCACUAUGUACAGAGGAAGAAUCUGCUUCCCUAGUUGGAUAUGGAGUCCCCGUGCUUACUAUUAGAACCUUCUUUAGGCUGCCUAGCCCCAAACACCCAGUGUUCAGAAGGCAGAAUAUAUGCCUUCCUCUGGGAAGCAUUAGUUAAAACGCCCUGUGUGAGAUGAGAAUAUAGCAACUCCUCCCCCUCCCCACAUACUUAGAUUUAAGGACUCACACCAAGGACCAGCAGACACAGGGAGUGAGGACUCACCAAGGACCAGCAGACACAGGGAGUGAGGACUCACCAAGGACCAGCAGACACAGGGAGUGAGGACUCACCAAGGACCAGCAGGUACAGAGAGGGCAGGUGGGAGCCACCAUAUCUUGGCUGUGGGGUCAUUCUGCUGGCCUGGGAUGGUCUGGUGACACCUGGUGGGCCCUACCUGAAGGUCAUAGUGCCUCACUGGCAUGGAAAGGAACUCCAUAAGCCACAUAUCCCUCAUCCUGCACUCGUGGCUGUGAUGGGCAGCAGCGGCACUAUCCUCAAACGUGCCGUAGGUGAGCUCCUCAGACCCUGAGGUGGAGAGGCAGACACACGGCAGGACUUAUUCCUGCACCUUUCCUAUCUACUUUUUUGCUACAGGGCCACUGCCACAAAUACUAAACUAACUGGGGUCUAGAACCCGGGCCCCAAAGCCAUGAAAACACACGGUCAUUGCCAAAGUUCUGAAGGCUAGCUGCGUGUUGGGCUUGGUCCCUUUAUCAGUAACAUCAGUGACUUCUGUCCAGGGUCUUGUUUUCUAAACCCCUGAAACUGCCACUCAGACUUGCCACCAUUGUGAUGGGAUUUUUGGAUUUAAUAACAAUUGAUGAUCACAUUAAAUAUUUGCAUAAACUUUAUAAUUACACUCACUAAGCUUCACUUGCCGUUUUAUAAAAUUGGACACGUUCCGUUCCCUUGCAUCCUUGGAUCUCCAAACAGCCUUUUCUAAACAAGCACAGCUGAGAGGUUUUUGGUUUUCUUCUCCUAACAGUCUUCAUACCAGUAACUGUCUGAAAUAUGAUUAAGCCAGAAUCAUUUCUCUAUGCUUGCAUUCUGAAAUCAGCUGAAAAGACUAUAAAAAAAUGUAUAGCUUAACUGCAAUUCUAGGCCUAUUCUGUUCUUUGUUCUAUGAAAGAAUUUCUCUAUAACCCUGAUAUUAUAGUGCUGAUUUGUAUAUGCGUAUUCAUAGGCACUUUAGAAAUACUUAGACACAACAUGCACUGUAGGCGGUAAGCACAGUGGUGUUAAAUCAGCUUUUGACUAACACUUGUACAGUGAGAGAGACAAAAGCUUGCAAUCUGGACCUUACAGGAUGCUUGCCUGGAGCUAGGCUUGGACCACGUGGAUAGGUUUUUGUGGGAUUCUGGCACUGUUACCACUUUUGAAAGGUUGUUGGGUACCAGGGUAAUCCCACUAAAUGUGGACUAUACUUUUCUUACCUAACCAAGAUCUUAAGUUUCAAAUGUGUCCAUAGCUUUUCUUUUUGAGAAAUGACAAAGCAAUUAAAGUCCUUUUUGGGAUAACUAUUUGAUAUCUUUAAAAAAAAGAAUAACUUUAAAACCUGGGUUUUUUGGCCUUUAACAUUUAAGGAAUAAUAUGAGAAUCUGAGGACACCCCUGAAGACACAGUUGUUUUCCUAGAAGAAAAGACUAAUGCCUCAAGAUGAACAGACUAAAACCUGAGCCACCUCAGUAUCCAAACACAGCACAGUGUAAUAUGGAGCCACAAGGUAACACAACAACACAACACAGUAUAAUAACAAAUUAACAACACAACACAACACAGUACAACAAAAUAACAACACAACACAGUGUAAUAACAAAAUAACAACACAACACUAUAAUAACAAAAUAACAACACAACACUGAGCCUCGGAUCAGAACCACAGGGCUGUUUUCUGACAAGCCUUUAGGAUGUGAUCUAGGAUCUGAUUGUUUUACUUCUUAACCUCACCUGCUUGCCUGAUUGAAGUAACUUGUUCUUCUAGGGUUGAUCAGAACAAAUUAUUCUUAUGCAAAUUUGAUAGCAACCAGACACUUUAGAAAGUCAAAAUAUCCAUAUAUGCCUGUAGUGCAGAUACUGCCAUGUAAGGGGGAAAAAAAAAGCACAAAUUUAAGUAAAAUACUCUUUAUGUCAUCUGCUCUUGAUUGUCCCCAAAUCCUAUUUACAAAACUUUAUUGCCAUGGUUUUGGCUUUUUUACUUGAGGAAAAUAUUCUAACUGGUCUCUUUCUUUCCCGUUUGUCCAGCGGUGCUGUGAACUAGAACCGUGGGUAGAGGCCGGGUACCCUGGGGUUUGUGGAGAAGGCAUCACUGUGCCCCUUCUCUGUACCACACAGCCCAGAGCACCAUCUUAAACCUCAGUAUAAACACAAGGGCGUUUCUCAAAGUGAAUUUGUUUUUAAAUUUCACCUCGUCGUGACUAUGGUGCGGGAACACGGGUGUCCCAGAAGGGCUGGUGCAGUCCAGGGGGAGCUGCUGGCUGCAGAGGUAAGGCACCUGGAAGCCUGCCUGGGGUUUGGAUGGCGCCUCCAGGGCACUGGGUCUGCACGUGGGUUAAGGCUGUCUGUCCUUUGCAGUAGUCACCUGCUGUGCUGGGUUCUUUUGAAUCUGUUUUGAAGUUUAAGCACAAUGUUGACCCUUCUGUAAUUUCCUAAAAUUACAUUGUUUUCCUAAGACAGCUCAACUUUAGGAAAGUACUGCUGUACAAUAAACGUGGUUUCCUUUUGUACUAGAA